AGUUGGAAGAGACCGCAAGAGCCAUCCAGCCCAACCCCGUUUGGCGCCCCUUCUACCGUGCUUCCGGGCGGGACCGGAAGUCGGGGUCCCUCAGAGGUUGGCGGCCCGAGAGGCCCCUGCUUGGUCUUCUUUUCGUCCUCGUUCUCCGCCGCCGCCAUCGCCAUGGGCCUCCUUUCGGACCCGUACCGGCGCCGGGCCCUCUCCCGCCUCAUCCUCCGCCUCAACGCCCCGCUCUGCAUUAUGAGCUUCCUGAUGGGGCUGGGCUGGUUCCUGGGCCUCGCCUUCCAUCCUUUCACGCUGCGCAUCUAUAUGUCAGAGAACGCGAUGGGAUCCACCAUGGUGGAGGAGCACUUUGUCCACGGCGAGCGUGCCCUCUCCUAUGCCCGUGAGUUCGCUGGGCACAAGAAGAAGGCCGGGGGCAUGCCGGUGGCCUGGCUGGAGAAGACCAUGUGGAACUUGGGCCUGGAGGUGUACAAGCAGACCUUCUCCCGCACACUGCCCUUCCCGGACGAGAUGCGAGAGAGAUAUAUGGUGAAGGGGACCAAUGUGUACGGGAUUCUGAGGGCUCCCCGAGGGGCCAGCACUGAGUCUCUGGUGCUGAGCGUCCCCUGCAGCCCAGGGCAGCAGAACCACCAGGCCGUGGGCCUGAUGCUGGCAUUGGCCUCCUACUUCCGAGGUCAGAUCUAUUGGGCCAAAGAUAUCAUCUUCUUGGUGAAUGAGCACGAUUUGAUUGGGAUGGAGGCCUGGCUAGAGGCUUAUCAUGAUGUCAAUGUCACAGAGGUGCACUCCUCGGGAAUGUUGGGCCGGGCAGGAGCCAUCCAGGCCGCCAUCUCCCUGGAGCUCAGCAGUGAUGUUAUCACCAGCUUCGAUGUGGCUGUGGAAGGGCUCAACGGUCAGCUGCCCAACCUGGACUUGGUCAACCUCUUUUACUCUUUCUGCCAGAAGAACAGCCUGCUGUGCACCAUUCAGGGCAAGCUCCAGCGUUCAGACUGGGACUCUCUGCCAGCCUACCUCCACUCCCUGCAGACACUGCUGUUGAUGGUGCUGAAGCAGGGCUCGGGGCGGCCACAGGGGGAGCACGGCCUCUUCUUGCGCUACCACAUCGAGGCCAUCACAGUGCGUGGCAUCAACAGCUUCCGCCAGUACAAGUUUGACAUGAGCACGAUGGGCGCAACCCUGGAGGGAAUGUUUCGGAAGCUGAACAACCUGCUGGAACGCUUGCACCAGUCAUACUUUUUCUACCUGCUGCCUUCACUCUCCCGCUUUGUCUCUAUUGGGGUCUAUAUGCCGGCCUUUGGCUUCCUCAUCCUGAUCCUGGUCCUCAAGGCUCUGGACUUGUGGAUGAAGCUGAGCAAAUAUGACAUGGAUCCAGACGGCCAGCUCUGUGAUGGGGACCAGGGUCCUAGACCUGUUGCCACAGAGGAGCCAAAGCCCAGCCUGCUGACGCUGGUACCCCCCUUGCUGAUCUGCCAUGCUACGGGGCUCGCCCUCUACUUUGUGCCCAUCAUGGGGCAAGAGAUGGCCACCCAGCACUUCCCCGUCUCUGAGUCAGAGGCCGUAGUGCUCACAGUCAUUGCCAUUUAUGUGGCAGGGCUGGCACUGCCCCACAACACACACAGGGUCCUGACAGGCUCAGGAAGCGACCGUGGUUGGAUGACGCUGAAGCUGGUGGCCCUGCUGUACUUGGCCAUGCAGCUGGGCUGUAUCGCCCUCAUCAACUUCUCCCUGGGCUUCCUGCUGGCCAUCACUUUGGUGCCAGUGGCUGCGGUCAUCCAGCCCAUGGGGCCCAAGUAUCUCUAUGCUGUGCUGCUGGUGCUGGUCACCCCGGCCGUCACGCUCCUCUUCUGCAUCUUCCUGUACCAAGAGCUUAUUGAGUACCCCAUAUCGCUACUGGAGGGCUGGCAGCAUUUCCUGCAGGCCAUUGCCGAGGGGCUGCUGGACCACCACCUCUACGGCUCCAUCGUUUUCCCUUUCAUCGCAAUCUUCGUCUACCCCUGUUGGCUGCUACUCUGGAAUGUGCUCUUCUGGAAGUAGGUCUCCCUGGUGCUGCCUCCUUCCUUGAGCUGGCCUUCUCUGGGGAAACCAGUGGAGACAUAAUGCCUGGCUGUGACAGAGGCCGCAGUGAUGCCUGCAAACUGGGGCUUUUGAGAGGGGACGCCAGUAGCCUGAACUCUUGGAGUGUGCAGCUUUGGAGCUCCCCCCCCCCCCCCCGUGAUGUGGGGUUUCAAGUCUGUGGCAGCUGCUGGUGCUAAUAAUAGCUCUUUGACAGGGCAGGACAGUAGCUCCUCAUAGCUUGUGAGAGAGAGAGAGAGAAGCCUGGGAUUCCAAAGCGUUGGUUGGAGGGGCUGCUCUUGGCUUUUCUGCAGUAGAGGCAGGAAGGUCUUUGCACAGAGCAGCUGGUUGCCUGUCAGUUGUGGCUCUCAAGAGUGAGAAGCGCACAUGGGCUCAUGUGGGGAAAGGGUUCUUUCCUGGGUGGUUGCAGCUUGGAAAUCCUCCAGAAUACCUCUCCUGUGGGCAGGAAUCAGCUCUGGCGACGAAGAAGAGCCCAGGAAAGGAGUCUGUAGGUCACCCUUUGGAACCCGAGGAGGUUCUGUCUGGUUGGAUGGGAGGAGGGUUGUGUACAGUCUUUCAGAAAUAAAAGCAGUUUUGAUGUGA